AUGACGUCCCAACCCAGGCAUGGCCUCUCACCUGCCUCUGUCGAGACCAUUGCAGGCCUUUCUGCAGGUUUGGUCGCAACCAUCAUUGUUCAUCCCCUGGACAUGAUAAAGACGAGGCUCCAAGUCGAUACCUCUGCCCAUCCUCUUCUCAACUCCUCCCGGUCCGUCCUUCGUGACAUUUGGCGCAAUGAGGGUUCUGCACGGAUUUCAGCCCUAUACCGCGGGCUCACUCCCAAUUUGGUGGGCAAUUCUGCAGGUUGGGGCCUAUACUUCUUGUGGUAUCGCAAAGCUCAAGAUGUGAUUCGCAAAAUUCGAGGGUACCAACAAGAUCAGCGACUUACAUCAGUUGAUUACCUGUCUGCGUCGGCCCUCUCUGGUGCCCUAUCGGCAGUACUCACAAACCCGAUUUGGGUAGUCAAGACACGCAUGCUUUCCACCUCGGCCACACAAACGGGUGCAUACCAGGGCUUGGUCUCGGGCCUACGCUCAAUAUACAGAACGGAGGGUGUCCGUGGCUUCUUCCAUGGGAUAACCCCUUCGCUUGUAGGGGUUAGUCACGGAGCGUUGUACUUUGUGGCAUACGAAAAGCUCAAAUUCUGGCGAAGACAGUCUCAGAAAACGGAUAAACUUAGCAACAUGGAUACUCUGAUGACAUCCUCCUUGUCAAAGAUAUUUGCAGGGUUGUUGACCUACCCACACCAGUUGGUGCGUGCCCGACUGCAAUCACACGACCCAACUGCAACCACCUACGUCCGAAGACCCGGCAUCAUCGCCUUGAUCAAACAGAUCUGGUAUAACGAAGGGAUCGUGGGCUAUUACAAAGGCCUGUUUCCUAAUCUCCUCCGUGUUGUCCCGAGCACAUGUGUGACCUUUCUAGUAUACGAGAAUGCUCGUUGGAGUCUCCCGAGGAUGUUUGGUACGCUAGAGUAA